GACAGACGGUUUAAUUCACUUGCGCGUUAGGAGUUUGAUCAGGGGUUUAUGGACAGUCGGGGGCAAAGCUAGGGGGUAAUUCAUAUUGUACAGGUUUAAACAUCCUCACUGAAGUUCUGCUGGUGUUUUUAGGAAUAAACGCUUUAAAAAAUGGGACCGACAGUUCAGUUUGAGACAGGAACAGGUCCAGGAGCUGCUUCCCUAGAGGCCGAGCUCAGAGAUGUGCUACAGAAGAGGAUCAUGGUCCUGGAUGGAGGAAUGGGGACGAUGAUUCAGCAGAGGAACCUGCAGGAAGAUGACUUCCGGGGUCAGGAGUUUAAAGAUCACCCACGAAGCCUGAAGGGCAACAACGACCUGCUGAGCAUCACCAAGCCUGAGGUCAUCUAUGCCAUCCACAAGGAGUACCUGCUUGCUGGUGCAGAUAUCGUAGAGACGAACACGUUCAGCAGUACACGCGUUGCUCAGGCAGACUACGGACUCGAGGAGCUGGCCUAUCAGCUUAACAAGGCGUCGGCGGAGUUAGCCCGGAAGGCUGCGGAUGAUGUGUCCACUCAGACAGGUGUUAAACGGUACGUGGCUGGAGCUGUAGGGCCGACCAACAGAACUCUCUCUGUGUCCCCGUCAGUGGAAAGACCUGACUUCAGAAACAUCACGUUUGAUGAACUGGUGGAGGCGUACUCAGAGCAGGUUCAAGGGCUGCUGGAUGGAGGCUGUGAUAUCCUGUUGGUGGAAACCAUUUUUGAUACAGCUAAUGCAAAGGCUGCCCUGUUUGCUAUUGAUAAACUGUUUGAGGAGUCGUACGAACCAAGACCCAUAUUUAUUUCCGGGACUAUUGUGGACAAGAGUGGCCGUACUCUAUCGGGGCAGACCGGAGAGGCUUUUGUCAUCAGUGUGUCUCAUGUAAAGCCACUCUGUAUUGGUUUGAACUGUGCUCUGGGAGCCACUGAAAUGAGGCCGUUUAUCGAAACAAUCGGGAAGAGCACCGGGGCUUUUGUCAUAUGUUACCCCAAUGCAGGUCUCCCCAACACCUUCGGAGGCUAUGACGAAACCCCAGAGUGCACCGCAACACAUUUAAAAGAGUUCGCAACAGACGGGCUGGUGAACAUGGUCGGAGGCUGCUGUGGAACAACACCAGACCACAUACGGGCAAUCGCUGAGGCAGUGAAACAGUGCCAGCCCAGAGUUCCUCCAUCUGACGUGUUCAGUGAUUACAUGCUGCUCUCUGGUCUGGAGCCGUUUCGGAUCGGGCCGUACACCAACUUUGUCAACAUCGGCGAGCGCUGCAACGUAGCUGGAUCACGCAAGUUUGCCAAACUCAUCAUGUCUGGGAAUUAUGAGGAGGCGUUGACUGUAGCUAAAGCACAAGUGGAAAUGGGCGCCCAGGUGCUGGAUAUCAACAUGGACGAAGGAAUGUUGGAGGGACCCGUUGCCAUGGCGCGUUUCUGCAACCUCAUCGCCUCAGAGCCCGACAUCGCCAGAGUGCCCCUGUGCAUCGACUCGUCUAAUUUUGCAGUGAUUGAGGCAGGUCUGAAGUGCUGCCAGGGCAAGUGCAUCGUCAACAGCAUCAGCCUGAAGGAGGGAGAAGAGGCUUUCCUCAAACGCGCCAAACAAGUGCAUCGCUACGGUGCCGCUGUCGUCAUUAUGGCCUUCGAUGAAGAAGGCCAGGCUACUGAAAUUGAUCAGAAGGUCCAGAUCUGCACAAGAGCUUAUCACCUCCUAACCAAAAAGGUCGGCUUUAACCCUAAUGACAUCAUCUUCGACCCCAACAUCCUGACCAUAGGCACCGGGAUGGAGGAGCACAACAUGUACGCUAUCAACUUCAUCAAGGCCACACGGAUCAUAAAGGAAUCUUUGCCUGGAGCCCGAGUCAGUGGUGGUUUGUCUAAUUUGUCCUUCUCCUUUCGAGGCAUGGAUGCCAUCAGGGAGGCCAUGCAUGGCACAUUUCUCUAUCACGCUAUAAAGGACGGGAUGGACAUGGGGAUUGUGAAUGCUGGUUCUCUGCCUGUGUAUGACGACAUCGAUAAAGAGCUGCUCCUUCUGUGUGAGAAUAUCAUCUGGAACCGAGACCCAGAGGCUACAGAAAAGCUCCUACUAUAUGCUCAGAACAAGGCUAAAGGUGGGAAGAAGGUGAUCCAGACUGACGAGUGGAGAAAAGGAAGCGUGGAGGAGAGAUUGGAGUAUGCACUUGUUAAGGGUAUAGAGAAGUUUGUAGUGGAGGACACAGAAGAGGCUCGUGCUCAGACAGAUCGUUAUGCCCGACCGCUGCACGUCAUCGAGGGGCCGCUCAUGAACGGCAUGAAGUGUGUAGGAGAUCUGUUCGGCGCUGGAAAGAUGUUCUUACCACAGGUGAUAAAAUCUGCCCGGGUUAUGAAGAAGGCUGUGGCCCAUCUGAUUCCCUUUAUGGAGAAAGAAAGGGAGGAGAUGAUGGCUCAGUCUGGAGUUCCUGAUGACUUAGAUCCUUAUCAGGGCACGAUAGUUCUGGCAACAGUAAAAGGAGAUGUCCAUGACAUCGGCAAGAACAUUGUGGGCGUCGUGCUGGGGUGCAACAACUUUCGAGUGAUUGAUUUAGGAGUAAUGAUACCAUGUGAUCAGAUCCUGAAGGCGGCCAUUGACAGGAAAGCAGAUAUUAUCGGUUUGUCAGGCCUCAUCACGCCGUCCCUUGAUGAGAUGAUUCAUGUGGCGAAGGAGAUGGAACGUCUUGGCAUGAAAAUCCCUCUGCUGAUCGGAGGAGCCACAACUUCAAAGACUCAUACUGCGGUAAAGAUUGCCCCUCGAUACACUGCUCCUGUUGUUCAUGUCCUUGAUGCGUCUCGUAGCGUUGUGGUGUGUUCUCAGCUGUUGGAUGAAGGGGUGAGUGAGGAUUUCUUCGAGGAGGUAACGGAGGAGUAUGAAGAGAUCAGGCAGGAUCACUACGACUCUCUUAAGGAUAGGCGAUACAUGUCUCUAGCACAGGCACGGGAAAAAGGCCUACACAUCGACUGGCUCUCACAGCCACCACCAGAUCAGCCAAAGUUCCUGGGCACACGUGUGUUUGAUGCAUAUGACCUAAGGAAGCUGGUAGAUUUCAUCGACUGGAAACCCUUCUUCGAUGUGUGGCAGCUGAGGGGGAAAUAUCCCAACCGAGGCUACCCCAAAAUCUUCAAUGAUAAAACCGUGGGAGAAGAGGCCAGGCGCGUGUUUGACGAUGCUCAGAGUCUUCUUAAGAGGCUGAUUGACAGUAAAGGUCUUCAAGCAAGAGGCAUCGUGGGCUUCUGGCGUGCACAAAGCCAUGGCGAUGACAUUCUCGUAUACGUCGAUGAUGUCACUCCGACUUUAUCUAACCACACCGCUACCUUUUAUGGACUUAGACAGCAGGUGGAGAAGGACUCGGCAAGUUCCGAGCCGUACCUGUGUUUGUCGGAUUUUGUUGCUCCGUUGGAAAGCGGUGUGCAGGACUACGUUGGGCUCUUUGCAGUCGGCGUGUUCGGUGCCAAAAAGCUCAGCCAAGAAUUUGAGCAGCAGGGGGAUGAUUACAACAGCAUCAUGGUGAAAGCUCUUGCUGACCGACUCGCUGAGGCAUUUGCUGAGGAGCUCCAUGCUCGUGUGAGGAAGGAGUUUUGGGGUUACAGCGAAGAGGGCGAUCUGCCGGCCGGUGACCUCCACAAGCUGCGUUACUCAGGGAUUCGACCCGCUCCAGGCUACCCCAGCCAGCCCGACCACACCGAAAAAUGCACCAUGUGGCGACUCGCCCAAAUUGAGGAGAAAACUGGAAUUUGUCUGACUGAAUCACUUGCCAUGACUCCGGCUGCAGCUGUAUCUGGUCUCUACUUCUCCCACACCAAAUCCACAUACUUUUCUGUGGGCAAGAUCACCAAGGAACAGGUGGAAGAUUAUGCCAGGAGAAAGCAGAUUUCUGUGACUGAGGUAGAGAAAUGGCUGGGACCCAACCUGGCCUACGACACAGACUAAGCCACAUGAUUGCUUGAACAUAAUCAAAAUGGGAUUAAACCUGUGGUUUCAUUUGUGGACACUGAGACUGAAUAAGCCAAAUUCGUACAAUAGUGACAAACUGUUGUUUUGUUUAUUUAUUGUCCAGACUGACUGUCAGGGUUGUUUUCCUUCCUUCUUUCUUUUAAUGCUGUAAUUUUUUUAAUUUUGGGUAUUUUAAAUUCAAUUUUUAAAAAAUUGUACCGUACAUACGUAUUUUAUACGUCAUUUAAACUAUUACAGAAAUUGAAUACAAACAAUGAAGUGUGUUGUGAAUGAGGUUGUACAAAUCCCAUUUAAAGGGAUUUUCUCAAAUAACUUAUUUUUCAAAGCAAGGCGUUAUUUUUACAGUCUCCGUAGAUGCUCCAGGGAUUGUUCUCGUUUCCUUGUUUUUCACUUAAUGGUUUUAUGUUGCAUACUUUUAAAAGCAUUUCAAAUAGGCAUGACUUUAUAAUACGCUAAUUGUCUGAAUGAACUAAAUAAACAAUAAUAAAACUUAUUUUUUUGUUGUUCUGGUUUAAAAAUAAAACUCGUAUAUAAAGACCUAACUAUUUCUUGUCACUUGC